AGUCAGAGCGCUGAGAAGAUCAAGAUGGACAUCCUGUGCCUUGUGCUUUCGCUCCCUUUGGUGGCAGGGUUGGACUUCAGCUACCACCACACUGCGGAGCUGGAAGCUUUUCUGAGGGAAGUGCACAGGAAUCACUCCUCCAUCACUCACUUGUAUAGCAUUGGAAAGUCCGUGGAAGGUAGACACCUGUGGGUUCUUGCUCUGGGAAGGUUCCCAACCCAACAUAAGAUUGGCAUUCCAGAGUUCAAGUAUGUUGCUAAUAUGCAUGGGGAUGAGGUAGUCGGGCGGGAACUGCUGCUCCAUUUGAUAGCCUUUCUGGUGACCAGUUAUCAGCAUGACCCUGUAAUUACAAAGCUGGUUGAUAACACCCGGAUACACAUCAUGCCUUCAAUGAACCCUGAUGGAUUUGAAGCAACAAAAAAUCCUGGCUGUUACCCCUUAGAGGGCAGGUACAAUAGUAAUGGGGCAGAUCUGAACAGGAAUUUUCCUGAUGCCUUCAUCGGUAAUCGUCACAUAAUCCAACCAGAGACUCAAGCAGUGAUGGACUGGAUAAAGACUGAGACAUUUGUCCUCUCUGCCAAUCUACAUGGUGGAUCGCUAGUCGCUAGUUAUCCUUUUGAUAAUGGCAAUUCCGUUACUAUUACUUCAGAUGGAAUUAGCAAAACUUUGGAUAAUGAUUUUUUUGUGCACCUUGCAAAAACAUACUCUACCAGCCAUGCCACAAUGCAUAAUGGGAAAGUUUGUGUAAUUGGAGAUUACUUUCCAGAUGGCAUUACAAAUGGUUUUGCAUGGUACAAGGUGGAAGGUGGGAUGCAGGAUUACAAUUACAUUUGGGGACAGUGCUUUGAAAUUACAUUGGAACUAUCAUGCUGUAAAUAUCCACCAAAAGAAGAACUUCCAUCCUUCUGGAAUGAUAACAAAAUAGCUUUGAUUGAAUACAUUAAACAAGUUCAUCAAGGUGUAAAAGGGCGUGUUUUGGAUAAGGACGGAGAAUCUAUUGCAGAUGUAAUAGUAGAGGCCAAAGGAAGAAGUCAUGUAUGUCCUUACAAGACCAAUAGAGAUGGAGAAUAUUAUCUUCUGCUCCUGCCUGGGGACUAUGUACUUAAUGCAACAGCACCUGGUUAUAAGUCAGUGCUACAGAUAAUGAAUGUUCCAGAUGGCACACAAGACUUCAGUGCCCUGACCUAUGACUUCAUUUUGCCCGAUGCAUCUGCUGCACCAAAGCUUGCGUCAUGCCCUACAACACCUCGUUAUGCUGAAAGUACAUCAACAACACUGAAGCCCACUAUUAACAUAUUGAUUUUAAUUAAUACUUUGUAUGCAAUUUUCAGAUAACUUAUGUAUGCUUUUGAAAGUACUUGAACUACUUGUCUUUACCAGAUGACUUAAAAUAAGGUGGGCUAUAUUUC